AUGUGUCAGAACCCAUCUCAUCGGAUCUCAUCACAUUGCAGUAUACAGAGUCACUCGUCUCAAACUCCACCUGGAAUGGCCACACAAAAAGAUCCUCCGCUGCUAUUCAGUACGCCCGACAUUAUCACAGAAUACCAGCGAGGCUUAACUGUUCUAGGAUACCCGUUUUUCUCUCCAAAUCUGCUGCUACGAGGCAUCGAUCCUCCCCAGUUCCAACUGGUAGGACCGGACGGUCAAACAGCAGAAAAAGGCGAGAUCAAACCUGGCGGGGGCCAAUGGCCACUAGAUCUGCAUUCCCACACCAGAGAUUUCAAGUGGUUUGUUUCCAUGAACCACGCCAAUCGCUACGAAACAGACGACCAGGGCUGGACCUACAGUUGGAGAUUUCACAGCAGUCACUGGAAAGCUUCUCGAGGCUUUGUGCGGAAACGCUUCUGGGUCCGUCUUCGCGAAAAAAGCCCGGACUUGACCCCUGCCGAACCUGAGUCUGCCGGCGAAGAUGAGAUUGAGGCAGCUAGCUCAAACGAAAAUGAAUCUGAAGAUAGAGAACACUCAGAUUCGGGGAACGUCCCUUGUCGAAGCCUUCACUCGUCGGAGAGCUCCAUUCCUUUUCAAGAACUGCUGGAACAGCUCAUGAAACCAAGUUUGGAUCGGCAAAAGGGAGACCUGGUCAUGUCAUAUUUGAAAAACUUGCCAGAGCCCGAGAGGAAACAGUUUUUAAAGCCAGACUCAAUGGAAAUGAAACAGACUCUCGAAACGUUUCAAUUUGACAAGGGCCGCGAGUUGUUUCUGGAAAAGCUACACAGUCAAUGA